CUCUUCCGCAACUCUCAAUCUCCAAUACAACAAUAGCUCUCUAGACCUAACGAGCAGCCCAACAUGGCGAACCGGGGCUAUGAUGUGAUUGUAGAUGCGGACACCGAGGGCGACCUUGGCCAUACCGACCUUCAGGAGGACCUUGAAUUUCAUCCCUCCAAUUUCGAGAAUGAUCAGCGCAAUGCCAAAGUGCAGCAGGACUCGGCACCUUUUCUCGGCGGAGGCUCCUCCCGUGGUCGUGACAGGUCACCUGGUGGCACCCCUUCAAAGCAUACCUGGUGGUCGAUCCAUUAUUACGCGCAAUUUUUCGAUGUUGAUACGAACGAGGUUUUAAGACGAUGCGUCGCGGCAGUGUACCCGCGCAGCAACUUCCUCGAUGUCCUGGAAGGCAACGCGGACCUGUACGGCCCAUUUUGGAUCGCCACGACCGUGGUCGUGAUCCUCUUUUUAACCGGCACUAUCUCGCAAUGGCUCUCAAAUAACGAUGCGGAGCACUUCGCGUACGACUUUACGCUUCUCUCUGGGGCUGCCGGCUUGGUCUACGGAUAUACGUUCGUUCUACCAAUUGCCCUGUGGGGUGCACUGCGCUGGUUCGGUAGCUCCACUGCGGACUUGAUUGAGUGCUGGGCGCUGUAUGGAUACUCGAAUUUGGUCUGGAUUGCCGUUGCGCUUGUGAGCUGGAGCCCCCUGACUGCGCUUAAUUGGGCACUUGUUGGAGUUGGCUUUGGCUGGACCGUCUUCUUCCUGCUGCGUAACUUGUAUCCUGUGCUGAGUGCUACGGACGCUAAAGCCAGCAAGAUUCUAUUGAUUCUGGUUGUUGUGCUGCAUGCAGGUUUCGCCAUCGCGAUCAAGAUCCUGUUCUUUGCGCAUGGAAGCCCUGUUUCCAAGAAGAAGGAGGACGACCACGAGAAGGACCAUGAUGACGAUAAGCAUGACGAUGACGAUAAGCGACGCAUGUUGGGCAUGUAGAGGACUUGAAGCUCCUCUCAAUUCCAAUGUCUCUUGGAUCCGCUA